CCAGAAGCUGUGAAUGGGAGGCAGCUCCUCGUAUUUCGCUUCGCUGGUGAGCAUCAGGCAAGUCAGACUGAGUGGAGGAAGAGCAGAGCGCACAGCUGCAGGGAGCGACUGGCUGGUGUCAUGUGGAAUAACUGGAAGUAUAGUGUAUGUUUUUAAAUAAAAGAAUAACACCUGUGGUUUAAAAGUAGAGACAAACGCGUGCUUUUUAAAAAUUUUAUUCCUUCAAUUUUUGUGCGCGCAAAGGUGGCCAUGGCGCAUUUUACGCACUGCAGGUAACCAGUGUUUUGGGGCUCAAACAAACAGAAAACAUGGAUUAAAGGGAAAGUAAGUUUUUGCUUUACUUCAGGAGCGCUCAAAUGGCGGCACUUCGCAGAAAAUUUGGCGAGGACUACCAGGUGGUCAACACGAACCGGGCCAACACUUUCUCUGCCCCGGUCAAGAAGAAACGCCAGCGCUUCGUGGACAAGAACGGCCGCUGCAACGUGCAGCACGGAAACCUCGGCGGGGAGACCAGCAGGUACCUCUCUGACCUCUUCACCACGCUGGUGGACCUGAAGUGGCGAUGGAACAUGCUCAUCUUCAUCCUCACUUACACCAUCGCCUGGCUGGUCAUGGCAUCCAUGUGGUGGAUCAUCGCGUACAUCAGGGGAGACUUGAACCACGGCCACGACUCGUCCUACACACCCUGCGUGGCCAAUGUUUACAACUUCCCCUCAGCUUUUCUGUUUUUUAUUGAGACCGAGGCUACCAUCGGCUACGGGUACCGGUACAUCACUGAGAAGUGCCCCGAGGGCAUCAUCCUCUUCCUGUUCCAGUCACUGCUGGGCUCCAUAGUGGACGCUUUUCUCAUCGGCUGCAUGUUCAUUAAAAUGUCUCAGCCCAAGAAACGCGCAGAGACGCUCAUGUUCAGUCAGGACGCGGUGAUUUCUCAGCGAGACGGGAAACUGUGCCUCAUGUUCCGUGUGGGGAACCUGCGCAACAGCCACAUGGUGUCUGCUCAGAUCAGGUGCAAACUCAUAAAGUCUCGUCAGACACCCGAGGGCGAGUUCCUGCCUCUGGACCAGUGCGAGUUGGACGUUGGUUUUGGGACAGGUGCAGACCAGCUCUUCCUGGUGUCCCCUCUCACCAUCUGCCACGAAAUCAAUCCCAAGAGCCCCUUCUUCGAACUGUCCCAGCGCUCCCUCAUGAAUGAACAGUUUGAGAUUGUCGUUAUCCUCGAGGGCAUCGUUGAAACCACUGGUAUGACAUGCCAGGCACGGACGUCAUAUACUGAGGAUGAGGUUUUAUGGGGCCAUCGCUUCCUGCCGGUGAUGUCCCUCGAGGAGGGUUUCUUCAGGGUAGACUACUCUCAGUUCCACAUUACGUUUGAGGUGCCGACACCAGUGUACAGCGUCAAGGAACACGAAGAGAAGAAUUCACUGCCCUCGCCUCUAUCUACUCCCGUCCAUGCACUCGGCGAGGGCCACGGCGCCCGGCGUGACCGGGUGUUUUCUGUGGAUUACAUCAACUCUUUAGACGAAAGGGGUCGUCAUUCAGGGGCCGGGGGUCGACUGCCAAGCAAGCUGCAGAGGAUGAGCUCUUCUGGGAAGGAGGACCUGCAGAGGAAGGUGCUUCUGCUCAGCUCCCAGCACUCUGAGAAGGCCUGCAGCACAGGAGACUUGCCCCUGAAGCUGCAGCGCCUCAGCUCCUCCUCGCCGGUACCCGAGGCGGAGAAUCGGCUGCAACUCAAGUCCCUCAAGGUGGGCUUCGAACCCAUGACCCAGUCUACUGGAGACCUGUACCAGCACAGCCUUCAACCUUCACUGUCCCCUGCUACAGUCCUCAUGCACACCCCAUUGCUCACGGCUGGAGGGAGGGCGGAGGACAACCUGCCACCAAAGCUGCGGAGGAUGAACGCCGACCGCUGAAAUCCACAACAGACUCCCUGUGACCUCCGACUGCCGACACACAGGAGGAGACAGAUUCAGAGAUGAACUUUACCAUUGAUAAGAAAAAACAAAUGGUUUACCGACAAUUUAUUGAUUCGUUUUUUCUUGAGACGCAACCUUUACUGGAAUAAUUGUGAUUUCUGUAUUUCAUAGCAGUGGGAUUCAUGCAGCCGUUGUUACACGGAAAACAAGAAAACACAAACUUCAUGCUUGAUCCAAACUCAAUCAUUCUGCCAGAAUUGCAUGUAUACACUAAAUCCAUUGUUUAAUGCACCACUACACUAUAUAGUCAAUCUUAGUUUUAUCUAAACAUAAAUUAUAUUAAGAUGAUAAUAAAUGAUGUUUGAUCAUCAGCC